GGGUUGAUCACCAUGGAGGCUUCUUCAUCAUUUUCUUGGACGAGACAGUGGUUGGCACUUGUUCUGGUUGUGAUGUUAGCGUUGGCAACUUCAUGUAGUUGCAUUGCAGGGAUGGAUGAUGAGAACGAAAAAAGCUACCACGAACAAGCCAAGGAUAACUUGGACAUGGCAGCGCGAAAGGUGGAGGAGAAAGGGAAGGAAGCCAAAGAGGCUUCGGGUUCAUGGGCAGGGUGGGCAAAGGACAAGAUCUCGGAGGGGCUUGGUUUGAAGAGCGAAGAAACCGCUAAAGAUAAGGCUAAGCAAGCUUACGAUGUCGCUGGUGACACCGCCAAGAAAAUGGCCGACAAGACUUACUAUACCGCUUAUCAUGCCGGGCAUUACGGUGCAGAGAAGGGCGAAGAUGUGAAGAGAACCGCCGAGGAGAAGGCUAGGGAGGCCAAGGAAAAGGCAGGGACGGUGGCAGGGAUGGCAUCUGAUAAGGCCCAAGACAUGAAGAGAACCGCCGGGGAGAAAGCACAGGAGGCCAAGGAAAAGGCAGGGAUGGCAUCUGAUAAGGCCCAAGACAUGAAGGAAACCGCCGGGGAGAAAGCACGGGAGACCAAGGAAAAGGCAGGGACGGCGGCAGGGAUGGCAUCCGAUAAGGCCCAAGACAUGAAGAGAACCACCGAGGAGAAGGCCAGGGAGGCCAAGGAGAUGGCAUCGGAGAAGGCCAAGCAAGCCAAGGAGGCAGCCUACGAGAAGGUAGGAGAUGCAGCAGAGACGGCGACACAGAAAGCAGGGCAGACAAAGGAGGCCGCAGAGGAGCAGAUUAAGUGGGCAAGAGAGAAAGCCAAGGAAGGGUACAAUGCCGCCAAGAGAAAAGCAGAGGAGACUGUGGAGAAUGCCAAGGACACCAUCGGCUCUAAGUACGACGCCGCCAACAGCAAAGCAGGGGAGACUGUAGAGAGCGCCAAGGACACCAUUGGCUCAAAGUACGAGGAUGCAAAGCAGCAAUCACAGCAGGUUAAGGAAAACCUUGUUGGUGAUACUCGUCUAUACCAAGACCUUUGA